AUGUGCUGUAUAUUGUCUAAAUCCUUCUGGCAAGAUUGGCCAUUUGCUUGCCCCUCAGUCUUUCUAACUCCAGAGGCCCUGCAUCAUUGGCACAAGCAAUUUUUCAAUCACAACCUUCAGUGGUGCAUUGUGGUUGUUGGAGCUCAGGAACUUGAUUUUCAAUUCCUGAUUUUGCAGGUAGUCACAGGCUAUUGUCACUAUUAUGGUGGAAUGAUAAAGCUCAAGCAAGUUACAGGCAGAGUCCACUGUGAUCUUCAGUAUUACUUAGUUGGUCUCAUCAUUGGUGCAGCCCCUCAUUGA